CAGCAGCGAGAGGAGCCUUGAGGCUAGUGCUUUCGACAGUUGAUUAAAGGAGCUUGUAGACAGUAGACUAGUAGGCUGGAAGUUGCAGAAAGAUAUAUGGUAUCUCACGCAGAUAUCGGCGUGGCAGCAGAUUGAAGGAGCAUUGUUAUAUGUGCCUGCGGAGCUUCUCCCAGUAUAUAGCUCCAUCGAGCCACCUUCGUGCUUGAAAUUCCAACAUAGAUAUAAUCUAGCCCUCUCAGCAGCUUCGUUGCCUUUAAGAAUUGAAAAUAGAAUAUCAUGUGGUUCCGUGCUGUAAUUUGCGUUUCGAUACUCAUUUCAUUCGCUGGAUUUGCCGCUGCUUGGAGGGACAACGACGACUUUGGCCAUAGAUCCGACUACAGAGGGCACCCGCCUUAUGACGACUGCGGAGGUGGUGGCAGGGAGCGGGACCGGUGGUUGUGCAACAACGCAGGCAUGCAGCACAUGUGUUUGUCCAUGGCAGCUUACCUCUUAAUCACGAUGCACUGCAUAUGUCAAUAGUUCGAUUUCUAGAUAGGCAUGGACGACAGAACAAUAUAUAUCUGGAUAAGUAGACCAAAGC